AUGGCUACACCCGAUAUGCUCUAUUACCUCCUCUUCCUUCUUUGGUUCAUCACUGCCUUACUAGUCCACUUCUUUAUCAAAACAUUCUUAAAAUCCCGUAGUCAAAACAGCCUCCCACCGAGCCCGCCAGCUAUACCAGUUAUUGGCCACCUCCACCUAAUUGGCUCGGUCCUAGCAAAAUCUUUCCAAAUCCUUGCCAACCGCUACGGUCCACUCAUGCAGAUCCGUCUAGGGGCAUCAACAUGUGUUGUUGCUUCUAAUGCUGCGGUGGCCAAAGAAAUAUUUAAGAACCAAGACCUCAAUUUUUCCUCUAGACCUGAAUUUGGCUCAUCCGAAUACUUCAUUUAUAGAGGAUCAAGAUUUGUCACUGCCCAGUAUGGUGAUUAUUGGCGGUUCAUGAAAAAGCUAUGCAUGACAAGGCUCCUUGCUGUCCCUCAACUUGAUAAGUUCACUGACAUCCGUGACGAAGAAAAGGUCAAGCUUGUCGAAUCGGUGAUGGGGUGUGCUAGAGAAGGAAAGUUGUGUGAUUUGAGCAGUGAGCUUACAGCUUUGACGAACAAUACUAUUUGUAGGAUGUCAAUGAGCACAAGGUGCUCAGGUAGUGAUAAUGAUGCUGACCAGAUUAAGCGGUUGGUUAAGACAUGUUUACAGCUUGCAGGGAAGCUAAGUUUAGGGGAUAUUUUGGGUCCUUUCAGGAUUUUUGAUUUCUCUGGGAAUGGGAACAAGUUAGUUGGGGCACUAAAAGAAUAUGAUAGGUUAGUGGAGAGGAUAAUUACGGAGCAUGAAGAGAAGGCGAAGAAAGGUUUUGUGGAAAGGGAGAGGAAGGAUUUGAUGGACAUAUUGUUGGAGAUAUAUAAUGAUCCAACUGCUGAACUUAAAUUAUCUAAAAAUGACAUCAAGUCUUUCUUGCUCGUAAGUUCCUUCUCAUUCACUCUACAGAAUUAUGUGGAUCUUCCACACUCCUAUAUAUAUUUAUUUCUUCAAUUAUGGGAAUUGCUAACAUCUACGAUAUGUGUUCAGGAUAUAUUCUUUGCCGGGACGGACACAUCAUCAGCAGCCAUGCAAUGGGCCAUGGGAGAGCUCAUCAACAGCCCUAAGGCAUUCAAGAAGCUUAGAGAUGAGAUCAAUACAGUUGUUGGGCCUGAUAGACUUGUUAAAGAAUCAGAUGUUCCAAACCUCCCUUACCUUAGAGCAGUCAUGAGAGAAACACUAAGACUCCACCCUUCAGCACCCUUAAUCAUCAGAGAAUGUGCUGAAGAUUGCAAGAUCAACGGUUCUGUCAUUAAGGCAAAGACAAGAGUUCUUGUCAAUGUCUAUGCUGUCAUGAGGGACCCUGAAUCGUGGACUAAUCCAAACGAAUUCAUGCCUGAAAGGUUCAUGGAGAGUUCUGAGGAGAAAAUUGGUGAGCAUCAAAUGGAAUUCAAGGGUCAAAAUUUUCGGUACCUUCCAUUUGGGAGUGGAAGGAGGGGAUGCCCUGGUGCAUCGCUCGCUAUGAUGAUGAUGCAUGCUGCAGUAGGGGCAUUGGUUCAGUGCUUUGAUUGGGAAGUGAAGGAUGGGAAGAAGGUUGAUUUAACCCAAGGACCGGGUUUUGCAGCAGAAAUGGCUCAUCCACCUGUAUUUGAAUUUCUUUCCUAUCGUCAUCCGCUUCUAUUUUGUACCGUACGGAGUAUUCGAAUUGGACGGUAG